UUAAAAACUUUUUAUCAUUGUGUUUUUUGUAGAUGCCUGUUUUGAGAAGCCAGGAGAAGAUGGUUGGCUGUUGGUUUUUCACCUCUGGUCCAGUUUCUCUGAGUGCCAAAAUUGAGAGGAAGGGAUAUUGUAAUGAGGAAGCCAUACCGAUCUAUGCAGAAAUUGAGAAUUGUUCCUCUCGUUUGAUUGUUCCAAAAGCUGCCAUUUUCCAAACACAGACUUAUCUGGCCAGUGGGAAGACAAAGACUUUCCGUCAGAUGCUUGCCAAUGUACGAGGAAACCCUAUUGCUUCUGGGAGUACAGAUACCUGGAAUGGGAAAACUCUGAAAAUCCCACCUGUAACCCCUUCCAUUCUUAACUGUUGUAUCAUCAGAGUAGAGUAUUCUUUAGCUGUAUAUAUCCAUAUUCCUGGUGCUAACAAGUUGAUGAUUGAAUUGCCACUGGUAAUUGGCACAAUUCCAUAUACUGGGUUUUCAAGCAGGAACUCCAGCGCCGGCCAGUUCAGCGUGGACAUGAGUUGGUUGGCACUGACCAUGCCAGAACACCCUGAAGCACCACCAAAUUAUGCUGAUGUAGUAUCACAGGAAGAGUUCUCUAGACAUGUUUCUGCUUACGCACAACCAGUUAACUGUGAGGAACAAUUAUGUGGUCACAUGUUUGCCUAUAUACAGGAGUUCCGGUUUCAGCCUCCACCUCUCUAUUCAGAGAUUGAUCCACAUCCUACUCAUAUAGAAGAGACCCAGUCUGUUUCAUUCAUGCUCUAAACAAUAUUUGAAAUAGCUGUAUUGUGAUGAAAUGGAAUCCCUUAUGCUUCAGCUGUUAGUAAAGCUAAAAGGAAACUGCUUUCUCAUUAAGAGCUUAAGUUCAGAAACAAAGUGCAAAGGCAAUUGGAGUUGGAAGUCUGAGCAUGUUUGGCAUUAAAAGAAUCCCUUUUGGAUUAGUCUGCAGAGGAGGUGUGGAUGUCAAAUUAUGUGACUAAGUGGGAGCAGCCAAGAUUUGAGGUGUGGGAAGUGUUUGAGAAUAUUCAUGAAGAGAUACUACAUAAAGUAUAAGCAAGAGUUUUAAGGAUAUAUCAAAGAGGAAUGAAAAUGUACUUACACUUAAGGACUGCUUGGAAGAAUCUGAAUUAAAGUACAUUUGUAUCUCAAGAAUGAGAGGUAGGAUAGAAUUUCCAAAAGAUUCUCCUGUGUUCCAGGGGCUUCAUUUUGCACUGUCUGUAAUCAAGAAAAGGAACACUAACUAAAAUCUAGAGUUCCAGCUCUAACUCCACCUACAAGCAAACUUUAUGGGAACAUAUCCUUCUAACAUCAGUCAAGUGGUACUAUUUCAUCAUUCAUGCUGAAUUUCAAAUGGUCACGGAUGGCAAAAUAUAGCUAUUACUGCAAUAUUAUGAAAGCAAGAAGCAAGUCUUUAUUGUGUGAAAGACAAACUACUUAAAAGAGAAAGUUGGACUUCGAUAACAGCUUAUGCACUAUGUGUUUUUUGUUUUGUUUUGGGGGGGGGGGAUUAUUCUAGCCUCUUGUGCUCCUAUACUGAUUUUUUGUGUGUAUCUUAAGCUUGUGGAUAGCAUGAUAAUGGGAGGCAAGGCAAGGAACAGAGAAUGUCUUCUUGCUGAUAGCAGAUAUAUUUAUCAAAGUGGAUUUAUUCAAAAGCCUUUUAAGCCUACCUCUGUUUUGGAUACCUAUUUAGGGUCAGACUGAGACCAAAAACAGCAUCCAAGACUCGCACUAAUUUGAAAGGUUCUAAAAGGGACCCUAAAUUUCCGCAGUUAACAAAUAAAAGAGGCAAGGGGUUUGGGGAGGAGUAUACAUUUAGUUUAGAUCUGAAGACAAAGUGGAAAGUAAACAAUGUAUUUUUGACAGCAGUCAACCAGCAAGGGAACAAAAGCCUUCUGUAAAGGCACACGUUUUUCAUUGUUUUCUGUGGUUUUGUUCAGACCUAAUCUGUCAUUGGCGGCUGCACUGUUCAUUGUUAUCCAUACUCUAGUAUUUUUCCUGUCUGUAAUUUUUGCUUUGGUGCAAUAUUUUAUUAUUUUCUUCCUCAGGUCACUUAGAACAGUGAGAUUUUUCUUGCUGCUAAGGAUGAAGGUACUGCCCUUACUGCCUUCGUCUAGAGUAGGAUGUUUGCUUCCUACUAAGUAUAAAUUUGUGUAGGUAAUCUAACCGAUGACCACACUGUCAGCAGUUCGCUUGAAAAAAAAAAAGCAGAAAAAUAGUAUUCUCAAUGUGCAAAUGUCCAGUUUACAAUAGUGUUAUGUUUUUUUGAACUGCUAAAACUACUUUGUAUAUCUGACUAAAGGGUUUUGGGUUAGAAAUGCUAGUGCUUCAUAGGGUAGAACACUGUAUUUUUUUGGGUGAUUAAAAGUAAGUGGCAUUGCAACUUCUAUCAAACUGCAGUUUUAAAAAGUGUUUAAAUGGUUUUAUAUAUUACUUAAGUGAAUAAAGAUUAUUUUUUAUUUUUUAUUUUUUUUUUUUUGGUAACAGGAUAUUUCUGCUGGCAUAUUUAUUUUCACUUUGUCUCCAUCCUUUGACUUUUUUUCUCCUUUAAUUUCUUGCUCUUGAGUUAACUGACUCACCAUUGUGUAUAGUAAAUGUGGUACUGAUACAGAUAUAUGUAUUUUAAAACUGCAGUUUUUUUUCACUUGCAAUUUUAAGUAUGGUCUUCUCUAGCAAAUGCAGCUUUAACCAAAAUUUGACUCUUCUUUUAGAAGACACUUGGCGUUUUCUUAGUCUCAAGUUGAAUGUAGCUGUCAUGCGUGUUGAUGGCAUGCCCAUUUAGUCAAUGCAAUAUUUUAAUUUACAGCACCUUAAAAGGGAACACACACAAAUAUUGUCCUCACUAAAAUAUCAUUUGUCCUAACUAAACUGAUAGCCACACAACUGCUAUUUAACUUUCAUGUCAGUCAUACAGAAUAUUAACCUAAGAAAUCUGAGGUGCUUACAAAGACUGUAAAACCUAAUGGUUGAUGGGUAGUAUGUUGGUACAAACAUGAUCAUGCAAGCAAGAGUGUGUGUCCAUGAAAGGUAAAGAUGCAUCUGUUUUUUU